CAAAAGUUCGAAAUAAUGAUUACUAAUUGGAUGCUCGACUCUUUGACCAAGAUUUUGCGUACCAAUUGCCAUGCAGACUGCAAAUUUAUUAUCGAAGCUGCGGAUGGAAGUAAGGUAUUUCUGUGCCACAAGCUGAUCUUUAGCUGCGCCUCUGAGGUGUUCGAUCGCAUGCUCUAUGGCAACUACAAUGAGUCCAGCAGCGGAGAAGUGAAGCUGAACGAUGUGGAGCCAGAGGUUUUCGAGAAAUUCCGUGAAUAUGUGUAUGGCUACAAUGACGAGAAACUUGAUUCUUACGACUUCGACACACUUGUGAAACUAGCAGAGUUCGGCAACAAGUACCUGGUAGAGUCCAUCAAGGAGGACUGUGUGCGACAUCUACUAUACCGCAAGGAAAUGUUCGACACAGACGAGCUUCUGCGUCUUUUCCAGUGCGCGCACACACUGAAUUACUCGUUGCUGAUCGACCAUGUCUCUCGUGACCUCAAGAAUCACGCCAAGAGGGUGCUCAACCACUCGGCCAUUUACCAGUUUAGCACAGAUGUGUUCAAAAGCUAUAUUGAGGUGGUCGAGAGCAGAMUCAGUGAGCCAGAGCGCUUCAACUUGAUUGAAAUGUACAUAAAGUAUAACGAUCUGUAUAACGAUGGUCCUGAUACUGCUGCUACAGACACUGAAAGUGAAGAUGAGAAAAUAGAUACUAAUGGACAGGUGGCUACUCCGGCAAUCGAAGGGAAGGGAAAAAUGAAUGGGGAGUAUAUUUCUGAGUUACUGGGGCUAAUCGACUUUUGCAAAUUCACGGCCAAGGACUUCUAUGAAGGACCUGGCAAAUCGAGCUUACUCACCUUGCCGCAAAAGUACGAGAAUCUCUAUAAGAUUGCCAGGAGUUGCUCACAUGCUUCCGGCCAGAAGGAACUAGAUCCCUUUUUCUCUUGCAACUGCUAUUCGUGUUACGGACAUUAA